AUGAUUGAGAUUCGGUGCUCAGGGUCGCCACGUGAAAUAGGUCAAACACACGGCCGACAGGCUGCAUCACAGAUUCGCGGCUCAGUCGCUUUCUAUGCCAAACUCUUUCAGAAAUCAUGUUCCAUGGAUUGGCCCGACGUGCUCCAAGAAGCUGAGCAAUACGUCGAACCACUGCAAUCCAUCGCGCCUCGAUAUCUCGAGGAGAUUCGUGGAAUAUCUGAUGGGGCAGGUUUAGGAUUCCUGGAUGUCCUGGCUCUCAACGUCCGGACCGAGAUCAUGUUCGGCUUGUUCACUGGCGAUUCAAGGACAAAGACAAACGUGGAUGAUAUCCCCAGCGACGGCUGCACAGCGCUCGCCUGGCUGGCGGCGGAAGGGCCAGGCCAGGAGAGGAAGUCCUGGUUGUGUCAGAACUGGGACUGGAUGGUUGAACAAGGACAGAACCUAAUCAUCUGCCACAUUUCACAGCCCGGAACCGGCAUCCCGGAUAUCGCCACGGUGACGGAGGCCGGCAUCAUUGGGAAGAUUGGGCUGAACUCAAGCGGAGUUGGGUGCACUCUAAACGCCAUCAAAUGCCGUGGAGUUGACAGGAAAAAGUUGCCGAUUCACUUUGCCCUGCGGACGGUACUUGAGUCUCGAUCCCGCGACGAGGCCGUCAAAAGAAUCAAAAACGUCGGGGUCGCAGGCAGUGGACAUAUUCUUGUCGCAGAUCCAUCCGGCUCCGUGGGACUGGAAUGCACGAGUAAAUGGGUCAAAGAGCUACUUAUGUCAUCUGAUGGGAAGAUCUGCCACACGAACCACCUGCUUCUGCCGCACGAUGAUGUAGAGGAACCAGCAUGGCUGGAGGAUUCACCGAAACGUCUGGCGAGGAUCCGCGAGCUGGUUGCCGACAUUGAGAAGCCUACCACUAGUGCCAUCUCUGACAUCUUUAAAGAUGUAGAAGGAUACCCAUCCUCGAUCAACAGGAAAGAGGUCGGUGGAACACUUACGCAGACUCUGUUCAACAUUGUCAUGGAUCUUGGUAACAAGACUGCGAGGGUCACGUUUGGCAGACCCACGGAGAACACGGGCUUGGCUGUCCUCUCGUUGUGA